AUGGGCAACCAAAUGAGAAUUGACUUACUCCAGGCCGAGGUCGACGAGAACGACCAAAGCUUUUUCCGCCUGUUAGUUGACGGCCAGACAGUCAAAUACAUUAUCAUUGAACCCGGCAUCUAUAGCACCGAAGAUAUGUGCUUUGGUCCUUCACUUGUUUCUAUCUUGCCCGAACUCCCCCCGGGAAACUGGAACGAUGGUUUGGUUGCUCAAGACGCCAACGAUGCUCGGCCACGUUUUGCAUAUGUCAGGCUGACUCGAUACCCUGGGGUUCGAAAUACUUGGCAUGAAACCUACGUCGAUUAUCUGAAUCUCUCAAUCGGACGAAAACUACGGACGGGGAUUUACAAAGUCCACUGCCCAUCAUUCGACAAAACUGUGGUCGCCAAAUUCGCCCGUUUCCCCUGGGAGAUCCAAUACAUCGAGAACGAAACCACAGCAUACCAAUAG